AUGCCCAAAAUAUUUACACCAACAAAUCAGAUACGAUUGACAAACGUAGCCGUGGUUCGAAUGAAAAAAAGUGGCAGACGCUUCGAGAUUGCGUGUUACAAAAACAAGGUGCUUUCAUGGCGAUCAGGUGCAGAAAAAGACUUGGAUGAAGUAUUGCAAACAGCAGCCGUAUUUAGUAAUGUAAGCAAGGGGGAAAUUGCUAAAAAAGACGAAUUGCAGAAAGCAUUCGGUACAGACGAUUUGCCGAAGAUUUGCCAAGAAAUAUUAGCCAAAGGCGAGCUGCAGGUGUCAGAACGAGAGCGGCAGGAUCAACUGGACUCUUUGUUCAAAGAGAUCGCUACGAUCGUUGCUGAAAAGUGUGUAAAUCCCGAAACCAAGCGUCCUUAUCCGGUUUCGAUAAUCGAAAAAUCUAUGAAAGAUAAUCACUAUUCCAUCAAAUCUCAUCGUAAAGCUAAACAGCAGGCGUUAGAUGUAAUUCGGCUGCUAAAAGAAACGAUUCCGCUGGAGCGUGCCAAAAUGCGAUUGAAGUUAGUUGUACCAGGUAUCGAAUCAAAACACCUAAAGCAGCGCCUUGCUAAGCUUAGUUCUACUUCUGAGACCGUUAUUGAACGAGAAGAAUGGGAAGGCGAACAGCUUACUCUAACGUGCCUCAUAGACCCAGGACACUUUCGAGAAAUAGAUGACAUCGUUCGAACAGAUACCAAAGGUUCAGGCACAAUAGAAGUUUUGAAUUUAAAGGAAAUGAAAGAGGGUGAAGAAAUUUUGGAAUGAAUUAAUCAAAACCGUCGUGAAUGUUACAUAUUGAAUAUAAUGGUGACUUAUAAUAGAUAUCAAUGAACACUUUAAUUCAUUGCUCAACAAAUGGGCAGAUAAAAUAGUUAUCACAUGGAAGUGCUGAAUUUGAAAAGCCUAAUAUUCAGGUUAAUUAGUGCUCAAUGGUGGAAUGUUUCUUCAAAAGAUGGCUCACCAGCACCUGCUGGAUGUGAUUUCGUUGAUUACGCUCUUCGGCCAAUUGUUGCUUAAUUUGCACCAUAUCUUGCUGCAGCUGCCGUACGCUAAUGAACAGUUGUCGCAACGUUGGCGUCAUUUCAUCGUA